AUGAGCUGCUACUCAAAGAAGCGAAAUGACCCGCCUCCAUACCAACAACAUCCCACGACUUAUCAACCGACACGGGUUGACGACUUUGCACCACCCACAGGGCCUCCCCCAGGUUGGGGAUGGGGAGAAGUGAACAACCUUUCGGCUUCUACUUCUAGCCGACCUCAGGAUCCCGAUUCUUACCAACGCCCCGUUUCUAGCCACUAUCCUUCCCAAAGCCACGAUAAUGCUCUUCAGCCCCAGGCCUUUGACUACAACAACGGGCAUCUCGCUCCCUAUGGAACGAGCCCUCAGCCUUCCAUCCCGAACCAACAGCAUUUACAACAACGACCAAACUCUGCGUCAUCUUGGCACAGUCAAUCAAAUUCACGCCCUACAUCUUCAUCGAUGAUUUUCCCUGCUAGUAUGUCCACAUGGUGGAAUUCAGACUCCAAUAUGGGCACCUUUGUCGAAUUCGGAAUGGAGCCCAAGGGAGAGCCCUUAUUUUCGGGCAAGUUAAGCAUGUCUAGUGGAAAGAUUACUCUUCGCCGCGACAAUUUCAAGCACAACGGUGAACAUCUCGGCGAACUCAAGAUGAAGGGCGCGAUGGGUUCCAAAUACCAGAUCAAACUACCAAAUGGUCAUGAGACCGAGUAUAAGGGCAAUUUCCGGUUCCCCUACAGAGGGAGUAUGGAGUCGUGGAGCUGGACCAGUACCUCAAAGUCCAUCGGGGACAAGCUCACUGACAAAUUAAACCAGAAACUAACAGGCAAGGAAAAGAGCCUGCAGCUUGUUGGGAAAUCAUCUGGCAUCGUGGCUGCUACGGUCGCGGCUGAGGAGGACUCAAUGAGUAGUGGUUUGUCGUUAACAUCAAACAAAAAGCUUAUCGGGCGCUUCGAAUUCAAAGGCCCGGUGCUUUCGGGUGAAUUGGGAAAUGAUUUUACGACUUUCGCGAUAAUGGCUUUUCUUAGGACCAAGCACGAAGAGGCGGAGAAUCAAGUUGCAAAGGCCAUUUUCAAAGGUAUAGGAGGGAUAUAG